AUGGAGGUCUGGUUCUGUCAGCUGCACAGAAACUGGCCGGGGGGAAUCUUUUUUUUUUCUCCUUCCACUCCUGCAGCAGCAGCAAACAAAGAGCAAGAUGGGAAAGUCAUUGUGCUUGUUGGCUGCUGUGAUUUCUCUGGGAGUUUUCCUGCACAGAGCCGGAGCCAGAGAACCAAUAAACCAUGCAGCGGCAGAGAGCUCUUCACUAUUCAACCGCACAGAUGUGCGUGUGAACUGGACUGAGUCUGUCACUGGGGAGGAUCAGAGCAGAAAGCCACCGACUCCCACUGCAGCAGAGACAACGUUACACAGUGUCAAACAGCUGGACUCCAAAGACAUCAGGCAGGACAGUGAGGAGGUCAACAGCAAAGAAGAGGACGAAGAAGAAGACAAAAGACAUGUCAGCAAGAAACAAGAUAAGAAAACUAAACUGGACUGUCCCCCUCUGGGGCUCAAGUCCCUUCGGGUUGAUGAUAGUCAGAUCCAGGCCUCCUCCUACCAGCGGACGGGCCUGGGUCCUCACAGGGGGAGGCUGAAUAUCCAGUCUGGUAUUGAGGACGGGGACCUGUACGAUGGAGCCUGGUGUGCCAAGUACAAAGACAGGAACCAGUGGCUGGAGGUGGACGCCAUCCACCUCACCCUGUUCACCGGAGUCAUCCUGCAGGGCCGGAACUCCAUCUGGAGCUGGGACUGGGUCCACACCUACAAAGUGCAGCUGAGCAAUGACUCUGUGAACUGGAGAACCUGCAUGAACGGGACCAAAGAAGCAAUAUUUAUAGGGAACCAGAAUCCAGAAACCCCGGUGCUCGGACUCUUCCCUGUCCCCAGUGUCGCCCGUUACAUCCGGAUCAACCCGCAGACCUGGUACGCCAACGGCACCAUCUGCCUCAGGGCGGAGAUCCUCGGCUGUCGUGUGCACGAUCCAACUGAUAUCUACGACUCGGAGCCAGAACCAGGAUCGAAGGACGCUCUGGACUUCAGACACCACAACUACAAAGAGAUGAGAAAGCUCAUGAAGGCGGUGAGCGAGGAGUGUCCGGACAUCACCCGCAUCUACACCAUCGGGAAGAGCUACCAGGGCCUCAAACUCUACGUCAUGGAGAUCUCAGACAACCCCGGCAAGCAUGAACUCGGUGAGCCGGAGUUUCGCUACGUGGCCGGGAUGCACGGGAACGAGGUUGUCGGUCGAGAGCUGGUCCUCAACCUCAUGCAGUACCUGUGCAGUGAAUACAAGAAGGGCAACCAGCGCAUUGUGCGACUGGUCACCGAGACACGCAUCCACCUCCUGCCCUCAAUGAACCCGGAUGGAUAUGAAUUCGCUUACGAGAAGGGCUCGGAGCUGGCCGGCUGGGCGGACGGGCGAUACAGUGUUGAGGGAAUCGACCUGAAUCACAACUUUCCGGACCUGAACAACAUCAUGUGGGACACUCAGGAGACGGCAGCCGAUCCGUCCAAAGUCCCCAACCACUACAUCCCCAUCCCAGAGUACUACACCAAGGAGGACGCAACCGUUGCACCAGUGACCCGAGCCGUCAUCAACUGGAUGCAGGACAUUCCCUUCGUGCUCAGCGCGAACCUCCACGGUGGAGAGCUGGUGGUCACGUAUCCCUACGACUGCACCCGUGACUGGAUUCCUCACGAGGACACCCCCACGGCGGAUGACGCCUUCUUCCGCUGGCUGGCCACCGUCUACGCUUCCACCAACCUGGCGAUGGCCAACCCUGAACGACGCUUGUGCCACUACGAAGACUUCCAGGCACACAACAACAUCAUCAACGGCGGAGCGUGGCACACCGUCCCCGGCAGUAUGAACGAUUUCAGUUACCUGCACACCAACUGCUUCGAGGUGACGGUGGAGUUGUCCUGUGACAAGUUCCCUCACGCCAGCGAGCUUCCCAUCGAGUGGGAGAACAACAAGGAGUCUCUGCUGAUUUACAUGGAGCAGGUUCACCGAGGGAUUAAAGGUGUGGUGAAGGACAAGAUGUCCAAACAGGGGAUUGCAGAUGCUCUAAUAAAGGUGGAGGAUCACGAGCACGACAUCCGAUCAGCUACUGACGGUGACUACUGGCGUCUCCUGAACCCGGGGGAUUACAAGGUGGUGGUCUGGGCAGGGGGCUACUUACCAUCCAUGCGCCGGUGCCGCGUUGGAAUGGAGCCCCAUCCCACCAUCUGCGACUUCGCCCUCACCAAGACGCCCAUUCAGAGGCUGAAGGACAUCCGGGCCAAAGGAGGGAAGAUCCCCCAGGAGCUGCAGCUGCGCCGAGCCCUGAGGCUCCGGAAGCUCCGCGCCAGCACCAAGGCCCUCAACCGCCGCCGGGAGAGCCAGCGGCUGCAGCAGGAGCAGACGCUGCUGACGAGGAGAGCUCGGGCCUCCGGGGGCCGGAGAGAGUGAGAGGAGGCGACGGGCUGAAGGGGCCUCAGGGACAAGUAACAUGUUUCUACUGAUAUUAAAGGGUCAGUGAACCCAAUUUACAAGAAUGUGACGUGAAGACAGUUUAAAAAUAUCAAGUCUUGGACAUUUCUACUUGCACCCAAGUGGCGAUGAAAGCUUCAGUGUCACAGUUGAACAGUUUUGUUUCUGGCUGUGUUGACCCUUUAACACAGAUGAGCCCGUGACCGUCACUCAAACACUGACAAAGGUUGACAGGAUAUUUAAAAAACUUCCAAAGUAAAGUUCCACAGCCUGUAAAGGAUCAUUGUUCUCUAUCGACAGGCCUCCUUCAGUGAUAAUGUUCAAAUGUACUUGUUUUGUGAAUGUUGUGUUCAGCUCCUGUUGUGACACUGUUGUGUUUGUUUCUUAUCUGUAAAGAGACUUUAGGAUUUAAGUGUCAGCUGGUCUGAUAUCUGUCUUUUUUUCUAACAGGAACAUUAAAUAACUCUCUA